CACUGCCAAAACCAGCACUAACCCAUGUGCCUCAGCACCAUGUCUGCCUGUCUUUUAAAUAUCUCCAGGGAUGGCUAUUCCACCGGCUCCCUGGGCAGCCUCUUCCAAUGCUUGAUAACUGUUUUGGUGAAGACAUUUUUCCUAAUAUCCAUCCUAAACCACAAAUGCGGAGAGCUAGAUCUGAAAUCAGAGUACAGAAAAUGAAAUUUCUCCUUCAUUUUCAUCACACAUGUCUGGGUGUGGACCACAAUGAAUUUGCUCUGCUUUUGAGCUACUCUGGAUGCUGUGUGUGGGCAGUUAACCGUAGUGUGUGUAGAUUUAUUUCUCCAGGUGUACAGCUACUCCUUGGGGUGCUGGUAGCACAAGCAAGGUGGACUCAAAACAAGACUUGAUGCCCUGAGAGUACUUGGAGGUCAUACCACGCUCAUCCAGCUUGCAGGGGUGCAUGGGACAAAUAUAAAGCGCUCCCUGCUCCCUUAGAACUUCCCCUGAUGUUCGGGCAGAGCUUGUUUGCUAUCUAGAAACUCUUUUUCACUCUUUCCCCCUUAAGGAGUCCUCAUACCUGUCCGUAUUUGUGAGAUUCCUCGUUUUGUGGAGCUUUUUUUAGUAGCCUUCAGAUUUUUUCCUUUAACAGUUUAAUAUACUUUGGAGAAUUUCAGCACAACUUAUUUCUGGGGUUUUAUGGCACACAGACCUAGGUAACAACUAAAAGUAUCGUUGACAUUAUUGAAUAUUUGUAUUUACUAACUUCUAUAUUGGCCAGGUCUGAAAGGCUUUGAUCAUGGAUAAGGACCACUGUGCGAGGUACUGUACUGCACAGGAUGAAAGUACCUUAAGCAUGUGAAACUAAACAAAUGAGCGACGCUUUCUAGUUGUAAAUUGAUAGCAACUCAAAUAAGGAUAGAAUUAAAAAAAAAAAAAUCAAAACACAAUAAACCACCGUUAGCCAGUAAGUGGAGACAACUGGUUUCACAUCAAGAUUUCUUUUUUUAAAUGCUAUCAAUAUUUUUCCUGCCAUUGAAGAGUAUUUUAAAGAGGGAUUCGAUCCAUUAUAUAUCAAUAGAAAAAAAGUAACUUUUUGGUUGUAUAUGCGGGUCAGUUCUUGCAAUUAUAGCUGGAAUUCAGUUUGCCUAUAAUUAGAAUGAAGAAAUUGCCACUCAGGAAAAAUAACGGAAUAUGUAAAUUGUCACAUCCAAGAUGUCAGUGAGAUUCUUAUCCUUGAGGCUAGAUCAGAGGAAAGGGAUUUUAUUGAACUACAGUCUUCCAAAGCGACAGUGGGAAAAGCAAAAAGGCAGGCAGAAAGAGAGAGACCAGGAUUUGGAGGAAAUACUAAAAUAAAAUAGGAGGACUAGAUAGAAGGAAAGUCACUAUUUCUUGGCAAGGUACAAGAACUGUUUGCUAAGGAUGUGCACGAGUGUUUGUGAUCCUCUGUAUUUGCAUAUACAGGAAAGCUUUUACAAGUAGGGCACUUCCUGAAUUACAGCGUAUAUAUACCAGUAAAACGGAGCUGAGGGAAGUAAAGGCUUUGAUGAAGACAAGUGGAGUGCUCUUAAAUCUUGUGAAGAUCCUAUCUGUGCUUUACUAAAUGGAUAACCAGGCAUUUGAAAUGCAUGGCGAGAGCGUACAAAGUUCUUCAAAAGGAAAAGAGUGGCCAAAGAAAGAGGAAAGAACGAACAGCUGGUCCCUGAUGAAAGUCUUCCUAGUUUGUCUGUUGGCCUGUGUUAUCACCACCGUGAUAGGAGUGCUGACCCUGUCCUUGGUCUAUGUGAAUCACGCUCCCUUUAGGAGAGAGACGGAUGUUAAAGACGAUGGAGCCUCUUCCCCAAAACCAGAUGAAAAAAAUGUGGACAUCAAAUUCCAGUUCCUGAAUCACCUGGGGAAGUCAAAGAUACAUAAGUACCCAGGUGGUGAAAUUCAGUGGGCGAGAUACAGGAACGAUGUAAAUGAAUAUCAAAGUGAUGAAGAAAUGGAAUUCGGAAAAAGUAUCAAUAACCAUCGCUCCAAAAUGACUUUUGGAACCUUACGGAUCAAGAGCAAAGGGCUUCGGGCUCCCCACUGGCAUUUCAAUGCCAAUGAACACGGCUACCUGCUACAGGGUACUGCCUGGAUUGGAGUAAUUGGUGCAGACGACAGUGUGGUGACCACAUACAAUGUCACGGCUGGUCAAGUGAUCUUCUUCCCUAGAAACACUGUGCACUGGAUAAAGAAUGUAGGAUCAGAAGACUGUUUGUUCUUGCUGUUUUUCACAACGCAUGAAGAACUUCAGACCUUGGAUGUAGAUGACGCGUUUUUCUCCACCCCAGAGGAUAUAGCAGCUAGAGCAUUAAAGCCACAAGGUGGAGUUAACUUCAUCCGAACUUUCAAGAAACAAGAAGAUGAUCAAGCAGUUAACCUCCCACCAAACUUAGACGAGCUUGUGAAAAAUGCCACCUAUGUGCAGUCUCCGGACAACCUUGUAUGGCAGUACUUCUACAAUCUCAAAGGGUCAGCAGAAUAUCCUUUUCCAGGAGGAGUCUUCCAGUGGGCUCGCUACCGCAUAAACGGCACUGGAUUAAAUGAAACAGAAAAAAUCUUCAGUGAGUCGCUGAACAAGCAUGAAAAUACCCUUACCUUAGCAACUCUCCGGAUAUUCAGCAACGGGCUGGGGCAGCCUCAUUUCCACUUCAACGCUAACGAGAUGGGUUACGUCAUUAGCGGCUGCGGACAGGUUGGAGUUAUUCUCUCCGGAGUCACCUCCAACUUCAACAUUGGCAUUGGAGACGUCAUAUUUUUCCCCGUUGGAACCCAACAUUAUAUCAAGAGCGUCUGUGACGAGGAUUUGCUUUUAGUUCUGGCCUACAGUACGGGAAACCAGCUGGAAACCCUCCGUAUGAAGGACUACUUCCACGGAACAGCAGAUCACAUCCUUGCUCAGCUUUUUUUCAAGGAACAGGCUGAGUUCAAGAAGUUCCCAAGGGCUGCCAAAAAAUAACCUCUCUCAGCUGUCAAUGGCUCCAAGAAUUGUUCCUGAUCGCCGUGUUUCUAGCAGCGCUUUUUGGUGCCUUUCUUGCUGUUUAUCCAGAGGGGACAUUCAGGGAAAAAAAGAAGAAUUUGGAGUUAUUAAUUAUAAAAAGUCAUUUUCUUUUUCUAUUUUUAUAAUGUUUUAUUUAUAGCACAAUGUAAUAUGAUUGUAUAUUAAAGUAAU